CGUUUGGGAAAAGGACCAAUCAUAUCCUAUGCCCUCGCAGGCAAAGCUUCCAGACUCGAAGAUAGAUGAUAUUGGUCUACAAGACACGCCUGACAAGAAUGAUGUUCUCGUGCUUCAGGAUGACGUGGCAUCAAAUGCCGCCCCGAAGUCAGAAAUAAAGCAUAAGGUACUUCAACACAGCGCCUCUACCGGUGAUGUGGUAGAAUUUGUGACGUCACAGCAGAGUGAGGCACGUGGUGUGCACCGAAGUGUGACGGUUCAGGAUUUUAAGACUGCUCGAGCAACCCCACUGACAAAUCAGGCGGCAAAACAACAGCUGCUCCAAGAUAUGUUGUCACAAAAAGAAGAACUAGAGAAGCGGCACAAGCUAUUGCGCUCCGAUAACAACACUAAUCCAACUCAGAAUCGUAGAGCGCCAUUAAAAGAUGAGAAGCAUUACUUAAGAGCGCCAUCUGAUCCAUCGAGGCAACUGGCCUCAGAAAAAUUAAAAGUGCUUCGAGAUAUAACGUAUCUUAAACAGCGGAGGGUAUCAACGCUGCUUCAGGUAGGAGAUCUUGAAAAGGAACUCCAACCCGCGCAGCCCAAGCCCAAAUUCCCGCUGCGAAUCCGGCCCAAGUCCAAGGCUCCCCCUCCACCUGUCUUCAACCCCUCGGACCAGAAGCACUUACAGAGUCAGAUUCAGGGGCUCCGCAACAAGCUGCAGUCCAUAGAAAAGGGAAUCACUGUACAGAACGAGCGCAGAGAAAAGCUGGAACGCGCCAUGCUCACGGGGAGAGCAAGCGACGGCUUUGCCAAGCAUGACGUUGACUUCGCUGCUGACGUUUUCAUCCCACCGCCGCCACCGAGUUUUGCCGAUGACGCUGAUGAUGACGUCAGCCGGAACUCAGUCCCAAUUUUAACAACAGAGGAGCCCGAUAUUCCCAACGGCACGGUAUCGAAAAAACUAAUUACUGUACAGGAAACAGUAUCAUGUGAAGACAAUUCAACUAACGAGGAAUUGGUCAGCAGCGAUAGAGACGAGAGAGAAGGGGCAUUGCCGGUCACAGAGAGAUUGAGCAUGGAUUCCGGGCACGGCGGGUCAGAGAACGAAUCUCCAAGCACGUCCCAUCGGGAAUUUGUCACCAGAGGGCAGCACGGGGAAGCUAUAGCCGACGAGCAGCAGGGCACGGAAAGCAUUAACCCGGACCUGAUGCAGGAAAUAGAGGCAUUUGAACAACUAACAAAGGAAGUGUUAGACAAAAAAGAACUGAUGCGCGUGUCCAAGGAAGUGACUUUUUUGAUACAGGAAGUGACGAAAGAAAAGAGCGGAUCUAACAAUUUGGACGAUGAUGACACGCCACUAUGAAAUUCGUAAAAUCUUUCAUAAUAAAUACUACGAAAGUGAAGCAUAGUUAUAUAAUCAGACCUACAUUGUAAUGUAAGAAUCAUA